UUCUCUCUCUCUCUCUAAAGGGGUUUGAGCUUGAAUUCUUCAUCGGCGAGUGUCUAAUUCAUCCAUACCGUCUGAGCAAUGCUUUCUCGGUACACAGUUUCGCCGUGAAUUGGAUCGGAGGUGACGCCAAACGACGCCGUUUUCUGAUGGAUUCCGGCCGGAUUAAUGUGAUGGAAGAGAACAAUCAUGGGACUGAUGAUUCCAAGGCUGCAGAAAAAUUCAUUCAAAUUGACUCUAUAUAUAUUGAUCUAUUUAGCUCCAAUGAUAAAUGUGAUGGCCAGAAGUGCAAACGGUUCUCUAUACGCAGUGGUUAUGUAUCUGAUAUGAGCAAAAAGGAUUGGAAGAUCUGUUGGCCAUUUUCUGAUCUUGAUGAUAUCCAUAUCUCAGCCCCACCUGUGUAUGAUCCGAGCUUCGAUGCGCAGCAUCGUAAAAGUCGUUGGCAAGAUAGCUCUGAUAAAGCUGCAGAAGGUUUUGUCUUUGAUAGCUAUCACAGCCUCGAACACUAUUCGAUUGCUUCCUUGAAAGCUCCGAAACAAGAUGUGGUCGAUGGAAGAACAGUUGUUGACGAUGCCUCGAAUUCGAGUUGCCAACGCUCUAGCUGUGAUGAAAAGGAAAAGAAAUUUGAAGUUGCAGACUACUGUACUAGUACACUCUUUUCUCCUAUUAUGCUGCGAAAGCAAACUCCUGCAGAUCAUCUAAAUGGACAGUUAACCUUGGUGGCAUCAGAGAAUGACAGUACGGUCGACAUCGACCGAGCAUGUCGUGCUGAUAAACUUCAAGACAAGGGAGAUGCUUCCAUGGAAUCAAAUGAAAGCACAAUUUCAUCAUCUGAAAGCGCUGAAACAGCUGGAAAUCGUCCUCGUCAUCGUCGAAGAACUCCAAAGACUCGUCUGUUGACUGAAUUACUAGGAGAAAAUGGGAAUAUGAAGGCUAAUAAACAUGUUCAAAGUUAUCCAUCCAACGGGACGCCCGAGGCGUCUGCGCAGGUAGACGCGACGUAUGCUUCCAAAUGUCUGGUAACAAUGGGGGAAAAUAUUUGGAAUUCAGAUCAUAAAAGGCAAAGAAGGUUGCCCCAGAUCGGAAAGAGCAGGCAUCGAGAUCGGAUUCCCUCGUCUUCUAAUGUGGAUAAGCAAAUUCAAGCAUGGAGGGGGGAGUUAGAAAACUCUGUUUCUAGUUUAGGAACUGGAAAUGCUCUGCCUGGAAUCAAAAGGACCAUGAAAGACCUUUGGAGCAGCUACAAAGUGGAUGGAAACAGAAGUUCAAGAAAGAAGAACAGUAAAAAGUGUCCAGUGGUUGAUCCAUACUUUGUGUCCUCAGUGCCAUCUAAAGUUCAAGACCGAUGCCAAACUCGGGCGAUAACGGAAUAUCGAAGUGAUGAAGAAGCAUUGGAUAAUGCUGCCAUUAUGGCACAUAGAGCUCUAUAUUCAAUAUCAAUGAAUGCCAUGGAGUCUAAAUCUAGCACAUCUAAGAACACAAACUCAAGCCAGGAUCCUCUGAUGGUUGAAGGCCCUGCUGGGUUAGUUUCUUGGAACAAUGGAAUGACUAGGAAGGAUUUAGCUACACUGAAAGAUGUGGAAGCCAUGAAAAGUAUGACUAAAGCUCAUCGUUUUCGAUAUGAAAACGAUACGAACAAUGACAGAGAGUUUCAUCUUUCUUUCCAUAGCUAUUCAAAUCCACAAAGGGAUCACAAAAGAAUCUGUCGUCGAGAAGAAAACGAGCUGCCUACUUUUCUGCCUGAGCAAGAUGACACUCCCAGAAUAAGUAAAUCUAUAAGGAAAAAUGCUGAAACAAAUAUUUUCUACUGUCAACGGGUCGAUCGUGUGCCGAACAACUCGAGUAUGCCUAUUCCAAGACGAAAUGUGACAGAUAAUAGCUGGUCGCUACUGCAGCAAAAGGAUAUAUGCAGUGGAAGCAAUGGUAAAAGAACUAUUGAACCUCAGGAACCUAUGGCUAUAAAGAGUAAACGGAUUAACCAGAGAGUGUACCUGGCAUCUGACAGUGGGACUUCUGAUGAUAUCCCCAUGGAAAUCGUCGAAUUAAUGGCGAAGAAUCAGUAUGAAAGACGUCUUCCUAAUCGUCGAACUAAUGGCGAAGAAUCUCGCUUCGACACGAACCACCUGCAGCAGAAUCAUACGCUUUGGCAUAAUAAUGCUUCUGUUCGUUCUCAAGAACAAUCAUCUAAUGGUAUUCAAUGUUCUUCCAUCGGAUCCAAAUGGCUAAGUUGUACCGAGUUUAAACAACGCAAUGGAACAAUAGACCAUUUGCCUGUUUCAGAACGGAAUAAAGAAGCAGCUCAUACAUGGUGUUCUUCUUCUUCUUUGAUACCAGAUCAUCUGACGAACGGAUUUCAGAGAUUUCCGGCGCAUUCUACCGGCAGAGAAAUCAUCUCAAGCCCUAGAUCAUUACAGAUGGGAAAUGCGAAGGCACAGAAAUUAGCAGCGAGUUCAUUUUGUCGACGUUCUAAUGAGGUUGAGCUUCAUCAAAAUAUGGUUGGAUCAUUGGAGUUGUACUCAAACGAAAGCAUAUUAGCAAUGCACUUACUUAGCCUCAUGGAUUCCGGAAUGCGAUCGAAUGAACACACGACUGGAGGUCGGACGCGAAAAUCAUCGAAGAAACCUCCGAUUCCUCGUCCACUAGAACGCAACGAGGUUUCUGUCAAUUCUGCUGUUCAUGAUGAAGUUCAUACUCCUGCAACCACUGCAUCUGCUAGUAACUUCCAGCAUAGUAGAGGAUUUGGAACCAAUACCAAUUUUUCCGGUCAGGCUGUCUUCAAGACUCGAAAUAGCGCGAAGAACAUGAAAUGCUCGGUUCGAUCUACGUGUAGAACAUUUCCUGAUAAUCGCAUACAGAAAGGAGUGGUAAAAGUACCUAAUGCCGAAGCGUUGGUGCAGCAGAUUGGAAGAAACUCCAAGGAAUGCAAAUCCAUGGCCGAUACUAGAACUCUGCAAAGCCAGAAAAGCAGUUUUGAGACUGAAAUAUGUAGCGUCAACAAAAAUCCUGCCGAUUUUAGCUUGCCGGAAGCAGGAAAUAUAUACAUGAUUGGAGCUGAAGACUUCAAAUUUGGACGAACUCUUCAUUAUAAGAACAGAUCAAGCCCUGAUUUACUUUAGAAGUAGGCUUGAAGAGUUUCUCAUAUUUACUCUCUUGUUCUUCUUACAGGAAAAAUUCUUAAUUAAUUAUUAAUUUUA